AGUCAUUCAAAAAACACUUUUCGUUUCAACAGGGCAACAAUUUUUUACAAAACAAAUUUUAGGCACCUUCAGCAUGGCAGACAUGGAAGAAUUUGGCCGUCCUAUGCCAACAAUCGUCGAUAUAUUCGACGAGCUUGAACGCACCAACGUGGCUCGCGUUCCGGAGGUCCUGCAGCAGCUGGAGAACAUCCUGGAGCCGGAGGACGAAAUGCUGCUAGCUGAGGGCAGUCGCCAUAGGAAGAAGCCCAUUUUCAACGACUAGAAACCAGGCAAAUUUUCACGUCACAAACCUAACGAGCGACACCUGCCAAGGUGUUGGCCCGGCAAUUAAUGACUGGCUGAACUGGCUGAACUUUUCACAUUCCCAUUCACGUCCUCCAGCCGAGCAAACAAAGCCAUCGAAAAGGAGCUGAAGGCGAGAACAGCAACACGCAAGCCAACAGAGGACUGGGCUCCAUGAACACAAACAAAUUGUGACAAAGUUGCGGAAAUUUAAUUAAAAUCAAAUACAAGCAACCGAGCAAAAAGGGGUAGCGAAUUGGCAGUCAGGUGUGACCCGAUAUAGUUUCUAACACGCUGCUGGCAACUUGGCCUGAAUGUCGCUAGUUUUCCGCGUCGUUUAAUAAACAAAAUGUAAACAAA